GGGCCGGGGUUGGUGUUUGUAAACUUGCCUCGGUCCCGGUGGGGGCAGCCGCGGCUGCGGCGUUGGCAGGGUGUGCUGGGGCCUGGGGGAGGCGCCGCGCGGCCGGGGAGCCAGCGGGAGGCCGCGCCUGGCAGGUUUCUGGAACAGAUCGUGAGCUUCAUCGAGACAAUUCAACUGGAAAACCAAGACUGGUAGACACACUUUUUCUUCAGACAAUAGGCAGGAGCCAGGCAGAGUCCAAGGAUUCUUGGAACACCUAUCUUUUCUUUGGAGGACACUAAGUUCUAUUUGAAGACAAAGUUCAAUAUGGCAACAGGACUGAUGGGACACGAAGGAGUCGUUACCGUGGUUUGGUGACAGUUGUUCAAAACGACAGUGUCUUAAGGAAAGGUGGACCAAGGAACUCCUGAACUUUUGGGUUGCAUUAAGUGAAAAAUCAGCAUGGCUCAGGUAAAAAAGCUCUAGAGUCCUCCUCCAAGAUCACUGGGAAGCCUGUUGCAGUUUCACUCUUGAAUGCUGCUCUAGUCAACAUAUUGACCAACCCCAGUGAUCCAAGCUCUGUAUUAAGCACCAGGGGGAGAUCUAGAGGAAGGAAAGGAGACAGGCCACAGCCCCUGCCUUCAGGGAGCUUCCAGUCAAAUGAAGGAGGCAAGUCUCCUGGCUUGUGAAGGCCUAGCAGGUGUGAGUUUGGUUCCCACUGCAGCCAGCAAGAAGAUGAUGCUGAGCCAGAUUGCCGGCAAGCAGGCCGAGAAUGGCGAGCGGGCAGGUAGCCCUGAUGUGCUGAGGUGCUCGAGUCAGGGUCACCGAAAAGACAGUGAUAAGUCCCGGAGCCGCAAAGAUGAUGACAGCUUGUCUGAGCCCUCUCAUUCAAAAAAGACUGUUAAAAAGGUGGUGGUAGUGGAACAAAAUGGUUCUUUUCAAGUAAAGAUUCCCAAAAAUUUUGUUUGUGAACACUGCUUUGGAGCCUUUCGGAGCAGUUACCACCUAAAGAGGCACAUCCUUAUUCACACUGGUGAGAAGCCAUUUGAGUGCGAUAUAUGUGAUAUGCGUUUCAUCCAGAAGUACCACCUGGAACGCCACAAGCGUGUGCACAGUGGUGAAAAGCCUUACCAGUGUGAACGGUGUCAUCAGGAACAACCCAAGACUGGUCCCAAGUUGGCUAACAGCUGCUCAAGAAACAAAGGAAUCUGGGGUCUUCUGACAUGCCUGUUGAGCAGUAGGAGCUGUUCUCCCUCCCCAAGUCCUAUCACUGUAUUCAGGUAGAGGAGGUUGGGAGGGGUCUGUCCUUUGGUCCCAAAAAAACAAGAUCUCAGCUUCCUUCCUAAUGGCCAUCCCUACCCAACAGAGUGUGGGGGAUGGGGGUGGGGGUGCUGCAGAGAAAAGACUAAAGAAGAAACCUAAUGUAGGUUCCAUUCUUAACCAUAUUCUUUGCUCCUCUCUGCUCCAAUACCACCACCUUGUCCACUCCCAAAAAAGUAAUCAGGGGUGUGUGUGUGGAUGUGUGUGUGAGAUAUGAGUGCGUGUAUUUGUAUGCUUGCAAGAGAUGGCAUAGUAAUGAGCCAAACACUUCUCUGGCCCUCACCUUCGGGGAGGAUGAGUGGAAAAUAGCCUCCUCUUGCCCAAACAUGAAGGGUGCUUGAGGUCUCAGCAGGAGCUGAAGAACACAAUUUAGGGAACAGAAGGGCUUUUGUUUUGGAGGGUUUUUUUUUUUUUUUUUUUAGAUUAAAUUCAACAGCCUAGUGGUUAGGGUGUUUCUAACCCAAGCCAGGGCCUGUGAACAUGAAUUUUCUAAGGUGAAAUAAACCUUUUCUUUCUGCUAAAGAAAGAAUCCUUAUGGGAAGUUCUGGGGUUUGGUUGACCCCCACUGUAACCUGACCUGCCCUGUGGCGGGUAAGGGAACUAUGUUAGUAAUCAUGGAGACUGGGUGAACCUGAGUACCAAGCUGUCAGUAGGGUCUUUUUUUCCCAGAAAACUUAAAGAAUGGGAUGAUUCCUGGCUGUUACCUAUUCUGGAGGGGUGGGGUUGGGGAGGGGGUUGUCCAUACCUCUGUGGUAUGAGUAUUUCACGGAAAAAGCAGGCAUGGCACCCAUUCGAUUUUCCCUGACAGCAUCUGAGAUCCUUUUGGGGAGACGCUGAGGAGUGUGUGCUGCCGUGUACUCAUUGCUUUAUGCUGACACUCCCAUUUGAUGUGGUCCAGAACUUAGACCUCAGUCCUUGGAUCAGCCCUGUGGUCCCUGCAAGCAGGGGCAUCUUUCUGCAUGUGAGCCACCCCCUUCCUGUUCAAGGGUUCUGCUGGAGCUGGGGUUUUCGUCCUUCUCUUCUGGGAUGAUUCACCCCACAUCUUCCAGCACCCUGUAAACCAUUUUAAAAUGUUUAGAAAACUAUCCUCCCAAAAAUGCUUAUGAAAAUGAGAGGCCUUUCUCCCUGCCACUUACAGCUAAUCUGUUUGGCAUAGGGGUGUAUGUGGAGAGACUCACAUGAGUGACCUAUGCCCCUAUGUGUACUAAUGUGUGUACUGGGUCAGAAGGUGCCCUGGGUUCCCACAGACCUUGGUUUCCUGCCUGGAUGGGUGGGAGCGAGGGAACUUCAGAGAGUAUGUGCGAACAGCCAUAGCAGAGCCACCCCUGCCAGGGACCCGGUGAGGGAAACUCAGGAGCAGGUGGUUGGUUCAGUUCCCACGCCGAUAUCUGGGGUAAUGGAUGUGUGAGAAGAGAGAAGCAAAGCAGUGAAAGGAGUUAUUCCACAUCCAGAGGGCCCGGGAGUCCCACAGAUACCCCAGGGAAGCCACUGACUCAGACCGCUGCAGAGGCUCCUGGGCCCAAUGCCUCACCCUUGCUGGCCAGCAUGGGGCCUAGCACUGGAAGAUGCCUCAGGUGUGUUUGGAGUAGGGGAGACGGAAAUAGGGCAGGCUCUCAGAGACCAGGACGGAGAGUCAGGGAACCUGGGAAAGAGUAGUGCCAGUUCCGGGUAGGCUGCUGCACCAGGCCCUACCAGCCCAGGCUAUAAAGAGUCUGCUUUGCCCCAAGUCUUUUCCGUCCACCCCCAACAGCCUCGUCAUCACUUAGCUACUGAUCGCGCCCAUGGCUUGACAUUGGAGGGUUACAUUAGUGGAGUCUGCCACAGCUUCUAACCCUCUCCCCAGAUGCCCUUUGCCUCUGCUGUGGCCCUGGGGUUUUAUCAACUGUCCCCUUCCUAUCCUCCUCUCCACCUUCUUUUUUUUUUUUAAAUAAUAUACUUAUUUUGCUAUGGGGGAGGGGAAUAUCAAAUGGACAAGAUCACUUUUAAAUGGUAGUUUUUAUAAGAUGUUAUAAACUUGUAUCUUUUUACCAUUAAAGUGCAGUGUAUGUUCCUUCGUGAUACAUUUAGGAUAUUUAAAUAAAAGGAAAAUGGGGCUUUUCUACUA